AUGCUCAUCGAUAAGUCAGCCAGACAGGCCAUCUUGGCUAUGUUGCUUACUUUCCAAAUCGUCUAUUUCGGCGUCGAGUCCUUCUUCUAUAUCUUCUUCCGUAAGAAGAUGACCCGGAAAUGGCUGGUUCUCUUCCAGUACUUGACCGCACCGGCAUUCAUCAGCAUAUUUAGUCUCAUUGUGAUACCGAUCAUUUUUCAGAUCGACAAGAAUACCACUGGAGGAGAUGUGUUCGCCAAAAAGGACGAUGGCUCAACCUGCCGUGCCGAGGUUGAUGCAGAUAUUGGAGGCUACGGUAUCCGCUUCGCUAUUUGGGCACAAGAAUUCGUCAUCUUCUUCAUUGCCCUGGCUGGUACAUUUCAUUCCAAGGUCACAGGCGCUAAGGAAAUUGGUGCUGGUCUCAUCAUUACACACCUUUCCCUAGCUGUGGCGCUUAUUGUCCAGCUGGCCCAACAUAAAGAGAAUUGCGGGAUUCUUACCUCGGCAAGUGCAAUCCUAGGCGCCAUGAUUCUCGACUCUCAGAACAGCGCUCUUUCGAUCCUCCUCAUCACCAAAGAAGCUCUUGCAUCCAGGUGGCAAGUUGGCAUAGUGGUCUUCUGCCAAGCUAUAAGCAUGGUGCUCAUACCGAUCUUAGUCGAAAGUUUCCUCGACGGACCCCGACGAACCGGACUGUGCCUAGGUGCGGACAAAGGUGACUGCGACUCCCUUCGGAUUUUCUGGUGGGAUAGACUCAGGAAAUCCGAAAAGAACUUACCGACUGUUGAGAGUAAUUCAAACGUCUUUUGGUUGUACUAUACCUUCAGAUGUGUCCUCUACAUUCAGAGCAGCUUCCAUGCUCUCAUGAACACCCAAAUUUUUCACGAAGCCAAGAAGAAUUCCUCGUGCACCCUCAAAGGCAUCACACAUCCAUCGCUGGGCCAAGACGAAAACGAUGCCUCGAGGCAAUCUUGGCAUGGGAGACUCCGAGGUUGGCUUGGAGCACACUCACAGGAUGUGAAAUAUGGCCCAUAUCCAACAACCGUAUCGCUCAUGUACAUCGUUUACGGAAUAUUCAUGGUGGCCGCCAUGGCCGCCGCGGAGAUCGCGCUCAUGGGCAAGAACGCAAUCUUUAGAAUAGAAGACGAUCAAGCACUGUCUACCGGCCAGGUGGUAGCUAUCGUCGUUGCUGCUGCGACGAUAUCUCGAGGACUUUGGCUGUUCUUCAUGCUGUUUAUCAAGGAUGGGAAGAUCAAGAACAUUGCACAGGGAAUGAGUUCCUUCCAAUGGCCACUCCACCUUCGGUUUGAUGAUUGA